UGCCAUUAGAAUGAUCAACGGAAUCGAAUCAUGAAUCGAAUCGAAUCGAAUCGAAUCCAGCCAACAAUGAACUGGCAACAACGGCACCCGCAAACAGAACGCAUUCAUUUGAACAGUUCGGCAGCCAAAAAGAUCCUCUGUGGGCUUGCAAACAUCGGCUUGUUGUGCCAACAAGUCAUCUCCCUGCUCUGUAACUUGACUCUCUUUCAUACGCUGCAUUGUCGUUUCCUGCUUCCAGCGUUUUCCUAGACCUAGAGGCUAUUUCUGGUUGCUUCAUUUAUUGAUUGACUGUCACUCGAGUGGAUCUUUCAUCAUGUUCAGUUUGGUAUCGGGUGUGUACGAGUCCUAUUUUGCUCCCUCCCAGCUCAAUCUGUUGGUGGUGGGGGCGAGUGGAGCGGGAAAGACGGCUCUCUUGGAGAGACUCAAAGUGACGCAAUUUACCAAGAACAAAAAGGCAUCCGCCGACGACGGUACGCCAGACGAUGUUCCACAAUCCUUUUUGCCAUUGCGAAUGCGACACGCCAGUGCAGCUCCAAAACCUCCAAAACAAUCCAAGAAACAUCCAACGCCCAAAAAGAAGAAAUCUCCCAGCAGCAACAACAACAAGAAACGAACGUGGGCAUGUCCCGCACCGUCCAAAUAUGCCAAGGAAGAAAGCAGUGACGAUGACGACGACGAUGAUAUCAACGAAAGCGAAACGACACUCGAUGCCAUGGUACCACCUCCGCCAGAACCCAACGGGCUAACACAAGAAUCGUCUCGGGAAAUUUCGCUGGAAGAUGUGUCGCUGCGAGAUAGCGAGCGACAACCGCCACCCACUACUAGUAGCCCUGAACAAGAUGACAAAGAGGACGAGGAAGACGAAGACAUGCAACAUGAUCUCAAGAGUAAAAUGCGCAUGUUGCCAUUGCACAAAAUACGGCCCACGAUCGGAAUGAACUUGGGAAAGGUAGAAAUGUGUGGAGCCAAAUGCCAUGUUUGGGAUCUGGGAGGUAAAAUGCAUGAUUUGUGGUCGCGCUAUUACCAAGAUUGCGAUGCCGUCGUCUUUGUUUGGAAAAUUGUCGACGAUGCCAAUCCGCCCAUGGACCAAAAAAAUGAGGAUGAUGACAGUGACGAUGACGUGCCGUUGGUCACUGCCGCACAACAAUUGUCGCUGCUAGAGCAAGUACGAGAUUCCAUUGCCGAUGAUAUCCCCGUUUUGAUUUGGGGACAUUGGUUUCCACAACAACAACAAACACAACAACCCAAAAAGGACCCUGCUUUUCAGUACAAUCGCGCGUUUGCGACGGACGCCGUGUUGCCGCAUUACCACAAUCCACUCAUGUCCGUGUAUUUUGGAUCCGCCAAAAGUGGUGCGGGAGUUCGGACCGCCAUGGAAUGGUUGAUACCCACGGCAGUACGACAAAAAAAGUUUCGAGAUAAGAGUGCGGCUCAGAAUGAAACAGCAUGACGACAAUGAUCAUGAUGAGGAUCCCGGCAAACCGAACCUUUCGUCGCAAAAACGAAGGCGAGGAUUGAUAACGAUGAGGAAGAAGAUCUAGUAGAAGCAUGACGAAACGAAACGAUACGCAAUGAUACGAUUCGACUCGACUCGUCUCGCCCGCAACCGCUUGAGCACCACAAGCGUCCGCAUAACCUCUAGCCCUACAAAAGGCAAGACAACAGCAUACAAGUGUCAUCAAUAAUUAGCAAUAAUUAGCAAUUCACACGGCAAGGAACGUAGGACUUUUCCCCAAGGAUUCUCAACAGCGAGGCAUGCCGGUACUCUUUGCAUUUGUCUCCUCGUACGGUAGUGGACAUUGUAGUCUAGGU